UCCAUUUGAAAGUCGUCGUGUCGGGAUAUGAAGUCCUGGAGCAGUGAAGAGGCAAAGGCAGGGUGUGUUGUAGAGAAGAGAUAGACGAAAGAAGGAGAGAAUCUGAGCUGACGGACUACUGUCAGAGACUGGAGGGAUUUUUUUUUUUCCAAGAGAGACGGAGACAAGUGGAGGCAGCGAUGCAGGGCUCUCAUUGGGGGUGUGUGGUGUGUCUGACGCCGUCGGAGUGCUAUGGCUCUGGUUCAGGCACUACCUGUAACCGUGACUGACCACCCCAAUCCAGGUGUCGACGUCCAGCAGUGCCGGCCGCUAUCGUCCCACUCCCCCGCAGGCCCCCGCUCUGGCCCCUGUGGGCCCUGUAGCUCAGGGACAGCCAUGGGUUCUGUCAGCAGUCUCAUAUCAGGCCGGACGUACCAGGAGAGACACUGCCGGGCCGCCAGCGAGUUCACCGCCAAGCCACGGCGCUCCACACCGGCUACAAGCUGCUUCCGGCUCCAGGAUAAUACCCUCCGCAGCGGGAGCUCCCUGGAGCAGCUGCUGGUUAUCAGCAACCAAAUGCAGCCCCAGGCCCAGAUUCUACCUCCACCGCUGCCCACCAAGAAGCAGCCCCGGCCUGGUAACUCUGCUGCGUCAGGUGGGGGUGGAACAGUUGCUGGAGCUUCAGGUGGUGGAAAUAAUGGGAACUUUGGAUAUGUGAGUGAUGAGGUGGUGGUUGGAGACUGGAAUGACAACCUGGUACUGGCUGCUGCAAGCCCCUGCAGUGACUCAGAGGAGCAAAGGGACAACAGGACUCUGAAUGGCAACAUUGGAGGGCCUCCACCCAAACUCAUCCCAGUGUCCGGACAGUUAGAGAAGAACAUGGAGAAAGUGCUGAUCCGUCCUACAGCAUUCAAACCUGUUGUUCCCAAGAAUCGUCACUCCGUGCAUUACCUGUCUCCACGGCCUGGAGGCAGCAGUCUGUCAGAGAGCCAGGGCAGCCUCAACCUCCUGCUGCCCCUCGGAGGAUCCAACAGCGCAAACAGCAACGGAGGGAACAGCAGCUCCGGUUCUGAAGGGAAGCGUAACUCUUACAGCGGGGGACGCAAUGCUCGGAGCAGCCAGUCAUGCUCCAUGUCGGAUUCAGGGAGAAACUCUCUCUCCAGCCUUCCUACUCACAGCAGCACAGGCUACAGUUUGGCCCCCAGUGAGGGCUCCAGCUCCGGGUCUGGCUCCGGGGGCCAGUUAGAGCCUGUGUCAGGCCUGGGACGAAACACUUCUGGCGGAACUGCAAGCCAUGGACACACUAACUCAGACAGUGGACGUUCCUCAUCCAGUAAGAGCACAGGCUCAGGUUCGAUAAGUGGGCGCGGGCAACCUCUGUCAGACAGCGGGUCCUGUGGUCACUCACCACCACCUGUGGAGGGCUAUGAGGGAGUGGUGAGGGAGCUGGAGGAGAAGCUGAGGGAACGAGACCUGGAGCUUCAGCAGCUCCGAGAAAAUCUGGAUGAGAAUGAGGCUGCCAUCUGCCAGGUGUAUGAGGAGAAGCAGCGUCGCUGUGAAAGGGAGAUGGAGGAGCUUAGACAGAGCUGUGCUGCCAAGAUGAAGCAGACCUCUCAGAAGGCCCAGAGGGCACAGCAAGUGCUACAGCUACAGGUAUUUCAACUACAGCAAGAGAAAAAGAAGCUGCAGGAGGACUUCUCCUCUCUGCUGCAGGACAGGGAGACGCUGGAGAGGAGGUGUGCCACCAUCCAGAGGGAGCAGACCCAGCUGGGGCCACGGCUGGAAGAGACGAAAUGGGAGGUGUGUCAGAAGUCAGGAGAGAUCUCACUCCUGAAACAACAGCUGAAGGAGAACCAGUCGGAGCUCAGCCAGAAGGCUGGAGACAUUGUGGUGCUGAAGGCCCAGUUGAGAGAAGCCCGGUCGGAGCUGCAAUCCAGCCAGGCUCGAUCCCAGGAGGCCCAGACUGCCGUGCGGACGCGAUCUCUGGAGCUGGAAGUCUGCGAGAACGAACUCCAGAGGCGCAAGAGCGAAGCUGAACUGCUCAGAGAGAAACUACUACGUUUGGAAGAGGAGUCAACCCGCCUCCGUGAAGCUCUAGUCAAUCAUAGCGGACACUCUCUACCUGGAAAUGCAACCAUGAAGGGGCAGUGCAUGAGCUUGUCCCUCCCACAGGGUAGAGCUGUGUCAGGGAGGGGUGGUCCCAGUCCCUCUGUGUCCCGCGAUGUAGAGGAGAGUCAUCUGGUGUGGGGAGGAGAGAGCGAUGAAGCCAAGGCACAGCGGCAGAAUGCAGAAACAGUGCUGGGGCUCAGACAGCAGAUGGACAGGCUGAAGGCUGAGCUCAUGUAUGAACGGAGGACGAGUGAGGAGCAUCUGUCACGGUUUGAGGAUGAGAGGAGGGUGUGGCAGGAGGAGAAGGAGAAGGUAAUUCGCUACCAGAAACAGCUGCAGCAGAACUACAUCCAGAUGUACCGUCGAAACCGGGACCUAGAGCGAGUGAUGAGGGAGCUGAGUCUGGAGCUGGAGAACAGGGACAUGGAUGACUUUGAGGUCCACAGUGGCAGCAAUGACAUCCACUUUGAGGAAAUCACCGCCACUGAGAUCUAAAUGCACACAUGAACUUACAAUAAUAUGUGCACAGAUACACGGGAACACAACCGGCACUCACAAAAGAUGUAAACCAAACCUUGAACUCCAGGCCAAAUACUGCACUAUCUUCACCAUGGCUUUACCUGGACCACAGAGCGAGCACUCACCACUUGUCGGUGUCAAACAGGGGAUCUCCCAAAGGUGCAUUCUUACUUCCUGCUAACAGACAAAUCCACAUAAAGUGUCUCCUGGCGCUUUUAAUGGGUGUUACUCCACUACAAAGCCAGCACAAAGACUUCUUUACUUCCGCAGGAGCAAAAGCAGUGAAAAAAAGUAUUUCUUUCUCAUAUUCAAAUCAGGGUAUUGAAACGACAGUAACUUCAAGCAAAAAACAAGUUUCUACAUGCACAGUAAGCUGGACGAAGACACCUUUCUAGAUAGCACAUGAGGUUAGACACCCGGCCACCAGCAUGCAGUCCCAUCAACACCACCACCACUAGGUUGGUUGUUAAUGAUGGCCUCAUCCUUAUCUACACCGGUCCUCUGACUGACUGCUAAAGGGAAAAAGUCUUAGAACAGUUUUGUUCUUGUGCUUGUUUCAGAGGUCUUUCCUCAGCAGUGUGUGUUUGAAUGGGAAUGUAUUGUGACUGUUGUCACUCCACAGAAAUGCAGUAUAAAUGGUUAUCACCGGCAUUGAAAAAAAUCUGCUCACCAAGGGAAACAUGGUAUUGUUUUGUACAACUUUCCAGCUUUUUUUUGUCCUGGAUACAAUUGUUUUAUUCUUGUGAAGCAACUCAUCAACCUUAAACAAACCAGUUUUGACAUUUGGCUUUUGGUUUGCUUACAUGUGGACAUCCUAUUCUGUCAUUUCCCAAACCGCUGAGGAGACAGAAACCAAACAUUCAAAGGAAAUGCUUUAUUUGAGCGCUGCUCCACUUCUCUAGACCACCAACAGUCACACUGUUGCACUCUGAGCAAUGUGUCAACUCAUUCAGACAACACAGAAAGCUCCGAAAUAAACAUUUACACUUUACAAUUAUGUAGCACUAAGAGGCAUACCGUAGCAUGGGAGAUAUCACUGGGAUGCUGCUGAUUCUCCUCUUCCUCUGUCUUUUUUCUGCUUUCUCUUUCCAUCUCUAUUUCUGCUUCCUACUCGACUCUAUUUUUGCAACAGUGAAAAGCACCUCAUCGGGCGGCGUCAGGAAACCUAUUCUUUCAGCUUGGUUGUGAUGUCAUUCACUUGUGAGAUUUAGGAUGGUGUGUGAACUGUAGGCAUGCUUAUUCAGAGUUUCCAUUUGUUCCCCUCCUUCACAUUAGUGCUCUUUAUUUAGCUUCUGGCGGCCCAAAGCCAAAUAACACUUUAAGUCUUCCUAGUCUCCCCAAGACUAUAAUAAUCUUCACCGACUGCUAUACAGGUAGUGAGACUGGCAUGCCUGCAUGUCUUUUGUUAUUUCAGAUUUCAGGAGAGGCUGGGUGUGAGAUAGUGUAGAGAUGAGAAAUUGCAGAUGCAGUAGCUCCAGUGUUGAAUGUCCUCAAUGCAGGUCGGCUGUUGAAGCCCCAAAUAUAAACUGGUGAGGAGCAUGUUAACAUUGGAUUCAGUAGGGUCGCUCUUUUUUCUCGCAGUAUAUGCAGGGCUGUGUGUGACACUGAGCAUGGCAGGUCUCUGUGAAAGAAAAAAGAAGUGCGCUGAGAAGUUUUAUUUUACAAAGAGUCUAUAUCGAGGAAUAAUAGUUAAAUGGAAAUCUAUAUAAUGGAGGAGAUGUUGUAUAUUUUUUUAUAUAUAGCACCUGAAGAUAUUUUGUUGUAGUACUGGUAUCAG